AUGGGCUUCGCGUCAUUUCUUCUUCUGGUCCCCCUCAUUGUUAUCUGUACAACGGCAGAAGAGCCUGACUUCGUGGAAUACACGGCCCCGCCCACUUCAUCUCCACUAAUAGUAGACCUUGGUAAUUUUUAGAAAAUUAGAAAAGACUUCAGACAGCUCCAGACGCCAUCGGAGAGAAGCUGUCAAAGAUCCUCCAUGGAACAAACGACGCGCCUGCAUUUGACGACUCUCUUCUGAUUCCCUACGAUGACGUCAGCUACCAAAGACGCCGGUAG